UAGAUAAUAAUCUUAGACAAAUCGGUAUUUACAAAUAAUUUUUCUAAAUCGAUGAAAUAUUGGUUAGUUAAUACCAAUAAGCCACCAUUGAUGAUUUUAGUUUAGUAAGAAGGUUUAUGUUUAUUAUGUUCAGUGACCACUUGGAAAAUCCAGAAAUUAAUGGAAAUACUGGAAGUGCGUUUAUAAAAAAAAAAAAAAAAAAAAAAAAAAAAAAAAACAAUAAAAAAGCCACAGGCGGCAUGUAGAAUGAUCUGUAGAAUGACGAAAAGUCAUGGAAAAAGUAAUGGUAAAAAAUAUGGUAUCAGAAUUUUGUCAAGAUAUUUGUCUAUUGUUUGAAAUUUUGCUUGUUAACAUUUGAUUUCAUUUAUACAUAGAUUUAAAUAAGUAUAAUUGGUAAAUAGCAAAUAAUAGAUCAUUCAAAUUGAAAGAAUACUUUUUAGCGUCGAGUCACAUGGGAGCUCUGACCAAUGGAGUGCUUUGUUAGGGUGAUCACAUGAUUUCCCACUAUCGAAAGCAAACGAGUACAUUAGGAGUCCGUGAGCAGUGAUACCGUCCGUCAGUCUCCUCUACGUCAAACGUAUACGAGGAGUGCGUGUUAAUUUUUCUUCUCCUACGCUCAAGUGUCUCGUGUUAAUUAUCUCUUGUGUUGUGAGAUUUAGCAAUUGAUUUGAAUCACUCAUUAAUACGUAACUAUCUUUGUUGAGGAGAUCGUAUCAAGGGAAGUACAAAGUGGCGCACGCGAUGCCUGCGAUCUACUGUUUACGAUUCAAAUUUUAAACAGCAUUGAGGAUAUAUGACCGAAAAAUAACAUCUACAUUGAUUCUGCGGAUCUGAAAAUUAUUGCCAAGAAACAAUGAUUUUCAUAAUCUGGGGAAUAAUAUCGUUGUUUGUGCUUUCAACAGCCGAUAUUCUUGCUUUUGCUUUUGAAUGUAAAGAAGAUCAAAAUUGUACAUGCCAACCAAAUGGCUCCAAUGAAAUAGAAAUUUAUUGUCAAGCUGAAAAUAAUUCCAAAUUCAUUCUAAACAUUUAUCCUGAAGAUUUUCUACAGAUAACUUGUCAGAAUUGGAAAGGUUGGGAAAAGUUUCAUUUUACAAGCACUCUACCUGGAAAACAAUUAGAUUCUCUGCGAUUUCGAAUAUGCGGUCUAUCGAAGAACAUAAGUUUAGGAGACGUGGCCAAACAAAUGGGAGUGGAAAGUGCCGACACGCUUAUCUUUCAAUCCUUCUCUAAUCUUGGCGACGAGUUAACGAGAGAUCAUGUUCGUGGUUUUUCAAAGACCAAAAAAUUAAUUUUAUCCAGUAACGGCUUCUCAAAGGUCCCAAAGGAUUUGUUGAUGGACUUCCCGGAAUUGGAAUGGCUUGAUCUACGUGAAAAUAAUCUUCAAUUACCAAUUGGUAUUUUUGAUGCAACUCCAAAUCUCAAAAUUCUCGAAUUAGGUAGCAAUGGGAUGAAGACGAUGAAAACUGGGAUUUUCGAUAAAUUAGAAAAACUUCAUUUUCUAAAUAUUUGGAAUAACCAAUUGACGGAAAUAGAAAGUGGAUUAUUCGACAAGUUGAUUUCCCUACGAUCCUUGGAUUUAAGCAUCAAUAAAUUAAUGACCUUAUCGCCGAACGUUUUUAGCCAAUUGAAUAAACUAGAGAUCAUUAAUCUUUCUUCUAAUAAUUUCUCUUACCUACCGGAAGGACUUUUCAAUCAUAACAAAAUCUUACGAAUAGUCAAAUUGUACAAUAAUCAUAGAAAUUUAACCACUCUGCCGGAUCAUUUGUUCGCUAAUUUGACAAAACUCGAAGUAGUUUCGUUGAAAAAUAGUGGUUUGAACAUUUUACCAGAAAAUCUAUUUUGGGGUGCACAUUCGUUGAAGAACAUCAGUCUAGAAAAGAACUUUUUCUCUACUCUACCAAAGAAUAUUUUUCAAGGACUGACCAAGGUUGAAAAAGUCGAAUUGAAUUUCAACCGCAUUGAAACUCUUCCUGAUCGAAUCUUUUACGACAUGAACAAUUUGACUACCCUCGAUUUAUCUAAUAAUCGUAUGGUUUCUAUAUCUCAAUAUCUGUUCGACGGUUUGAAAUCUCUGACAGAAUUGAAUAUGGAAAAUAAUCAAUUAAGAACCAUCGACCAAUUGGCUUUUUCUUCCUUAAUUAAUUUACGAAUAGCCAAAUUCUGUCAUAACAAGCUUACGUUCAAUUUAUAUGCAAUACAGGAUGAUUAUCAAUCGCCAUUUCAUAAAUGUCAUUUACUCAAUGAAUUAUAUUUAUCGAACAAUUAUAUAUCGACGAUAUCUAACGAUUGGUCGUUAAAUGCAAUGAAUUUACAAAUAUUAGACUUGAGUUAUAACGACAUUAAUGUCAUAUCGAUGGACGAUUUGCAAUUCGUAUCGGACAAUAUUAAAGUCAAUUUGACUAAUAAUAAAAUAAAAUACAUAUUAUUGGCCGAAAGUAUACGAAUUCAUCAAGAGUCUCCACGGAACGUUAUCAUCUACGUUGAACAUAAUCCCUUGAUUUGUGAUUGUAAUUUGUACAAUUUCUUACGUUAUCUAGAAGGUAGGAUGCAUCCAAAAAUGCAAAAUUACUUUCACAUUAUUCCGGGAAAUUUAACGUGCUUGGAUUCAAAUGGAGUGGAUAAGAUAGAAAUUAGUCAACUAAAUUCGAAGACCUUGAAAUGUGCGGAGACAGAAUACUUGCAAAUUAAAAGCAAGUGUCCGACUGGUUGUACUUGUCGAAUACAACCAGAAGACAAGGCUCGUUUAAUCGAUUGUUCUAAUAAACAUUUGUCUAAAUUAUUAAUUGACACUACGGGAAUAAGCGAGAAAAAACCUGUCGAUGGUUAUCAUAUUAAAUUAAAUAUCAGUGGAAAUAAUUUCACCGAGAUACCGUCGACAGAACUUUUAGGAUCGGAAUACGUGACGGAUUUAAUUUUGUCUGACAACAAUAUCACUCGAAUUACGCUCGACAAGUUGCCCAAAAAUCUCAAGGUAUUAGAAUUGCACAACAACAAUAUAUCGAGGAUUGAUUCAAAUUUGUUGGACUAUUGGAAAAAUUCAAUUACAUUAGAGAGACUUACAUUGCAUAAGAACCCAUGGAAAUGCGAUUGCGAUGCUCGAGACUUAUUUAGCUUCGUUCAAUCAAAAUUAAUAGACAUUCCAGAUUUAGGAAAAGUCACGUGCAAUAGCAUGGAUAUUUCUAUGUUGGAAAUGAGCAUGAAUGACUUUUGUCCGUUCGAGACGAUGAUGAUAGUUGGAAUAAGUUUAACGAUAGCAUUAUUGUGCUUGUUCAUCGGUGGAUUAGUAGCAUUCUAUUACAGAUACCAACAAGAGAUUAAAGUUUGGUUAUAUGCUCAUCAAUGUUGUUUGUGGUUUGUCACGGAAGACGAAUUGGACAAGGAAAAGAUAUACGAUGCAUUUAUAAGUUACUCUCAUAAGGACGAAGAUUUUGUUGUAAAGGAAUUAGUACCAAAAUUAGAAAGUGGUCCGAGACCAUACAAAUUGUGUUUACAUUAUCGCGAUUGGUUAGCUGGUGAAUGGAUUCCAACGCAAAUAACACGUUCGGUGGAAAAUUCCAAGAGAACGAUCUUUAUAGUAUCGCCUAACUUUUUGGAAAGUAUUUGGGGUGCAAUGGAAUUUCGUGCAGCUCAUAGGCAAUCUAUGAGCGAAGGUAGAGCCAGAGUCAUAUUAAUUUUAUACGGAGAUAUUGGCUCUACGGACAAUUUGGAUUCCGAAUUCAAAGCUUAUCUAAAUAUGAACACGUACGUUAAAUGGGGCGACCCGUGGUUCUGGGAUAAGUUGAGAUAUGCAUUACCACAUCCGCCAAAACUUACCAAAAGCCUAGUUAAAAAGAAAAUCUUUGAAAAACAUUGUCAUCCUUGUAUCAAAAUCAAUGGAGAAAAGAAAGGCUUGAUAUAUUCAUAUGGACUGCCUGAUACACCUAUCGCCACUACUCCACCUGCUGAUUCGCUUAAAAUGUUCAUAUGUGAUUCGAUUGACAAAUGUUCUCAAGUUAACAGCAAUGACAAUGAGGUAACUAAAUUGAAUAUACCAGAAUGCGAAGCAAUUCAUAUAAACUUGAUCAAUAAAAUGCAAGGUUCGACUACCGUUUAAUUCCAAAAUAAGUAAUAUCUGCAAUGUUGUGCAAUUUUCACAAAUGUAUAAUAGAUAUUAUUUGUAAGAAACAUAAUUAAGUUUAAAUUAAAUCUACUGAAGGACUGAAAGGAUUCGAUCGAAAUCCAAACGAUGUAAUCGUAAUAUUAUUAAUUAUUAGCUUAAUUUUUUUUUAACAAACAUAUUAUAGAAAUACUGAACAGAGUGUGUUCAAAGUUGUCAUAUUUUCUUACUUAUAAUUAAACGCAAAUACUCUGAGAGAGAGUAUGAGAAUUUUGAAAUAA